CCCCGUGUCACCGGGCGAGGUGUGGGGACGGGCCAUGGAUCCCUGGGGGGCUGCGGAGCCGGAGGCGACGGCGCUUUUUGGGGGUGUCGGGAAGGAGGAGGACGCCUACGACCCCCCCGUGAUGCAGGGGACACCGAGUGACCUCAAGAUGGAACCCCUGCCGGUGGGUGACCCCGAGACCGUCGAGCUGGACAAGGCCACCUUGUUGGGUCACCCUGAGGAAGGUUCCCCGGGGGAGCGCAAGCCAACAUGGGAGACCUUACAUUGGACCGUGGUCCCUCAGAUGGACACCCCCGGCGCGGCGGGAGGUCGGCGCGGGGGUGAAAACGCCCCGGGGGCCGGCGCCUUCCCCAAUUUCAACAGCCUCAUCGUCCUGCAGAAGGGCUACGAGUGCGGGGAGUGCGGCAAGAGCUUCAGCUGCAGCUCCCACUUCAGCAAACACCGGAGAACCCACACGGGGGAGAAGCCCUUCCUCUGCCUCCACUGCGGCAAGAGCUUCAACGUCAGCUCCAACCUCUACCGGCACCAACGGGCUCACGCCGCCGAACGCUCGGGUCCCCCGGCCCCACCGGCGCGUCCCCGGGGCCUGCCCUACAAGUGCGAAGAGUGCGGGAAGAGCUUUCGGCGCAACAAGGAGUUGGUGACCCACCAACGGCUCCACACCGGCCGCCUGCCCUUCCAGUGCCACCACUGCGGCAAGAGCUUCAGCUGGAGCUCCCACUUCGACCGCCACCAGCGCGUCCACACCGGGGAGAAGCCCUACCAGUGCCCCGAGUGUGGAAAACGCUUCAGCCGUAGCUCCCACCUCUACCGUCACCAGCGCACCCACGCCGGAGGCCGCUCCUACAUCUGCACCUACUGCGGGCGCAGUUUCGGCAGCAUCCUCCACUUCGACCGCCACCAGCGCACCCACACCGGCCUACGGCCCUACAAGUGCACCCUCUGCCGCAAGAGCUUCGGCGACGGCCUGGCCUUGGUCAAGCAUCAACGUCUCCACUUGGGCGACGGGCCUUUCCGUUGCGAGGAGUGCGGCAAGGCCUUCGGCGCCCGGGCCCAGUACGCCCAGCACCGCCGCAGCCUCCACGGUGGUGGUGGUGGUGGUGCUGGUGGUGGUGGUGGUGGUGGUGGUGAUGGUGGGGGAGGUGGUGGGGAGAAGCCCUACCGUUGCGGCGACUGCGGGAAGAGUUUUUCCUGGAGCUCCCACUGGGAACGACACCAGCGCAUCCACACCGGCGAGCGGCCCUACCAGUGCGGGGACUGCGGCAAACGCUUCGGCCGGACCUCCCACCUCUACCGGCACCAACGCACCCACGCCGGGGGGCAGCCCCACGUCUGCGCCGACUGCGGGAAGAGCUUCAACAGCACCCUCCACUUCCACAAGCACCAACGGGCUCACGCCGGGCCCCGGCACGCUUGUCCCGAUUGCGGCAAGGCCUUCGCCGACGGUUCGGCCUUGGCCAAGCACCGGCGGGUCCACGCCGGCGAGAAGCCCUUCCCCUGCCCCCAGUGCGGCCGCCGCUUCGGCGUCAUCUCCCACCUUUACCGUCACCUCCGGCGCCACGGCCAGGAGGAGCCGCCGGAGGAGCCGCCGGACGAGCUGACGCCCCACAACUUGGGCAACUACUUGGGCAACUCCUUGGGCAUCUCCUUGGGCAUCCUGGGCAACUCCUUGGGCAUCUCCUUGGGCAGCAACUUGGACAUCUCUUUGGGCAUCCUGGGCAUCUUCUGGGGCAGCAUCUCCUUGGACAACCAACAACUUGGGUAUUUCCUGGGCAUCUUCUUGGGUGUCUCCUUGGGCAUCUCCUUGGGCAACAACUUGAAUAUCUCCUUGGGCAAUUCCUUAGGCAUCUCCUCGGGCAACUCCUUGGGCAUCCUGGGCAACUCCUUGGGCAUCUCCUUGGGCAGCAACUUGGACAUCUCUUUGGGCAUCCUGGGCAUCUUCUGGGGCAUUUUGGGGUGGGCUCUCACGGUGGUUUUUCCAGGCGUGGAAGCGGAGGGGGAGCAGGGCCAACCGGAGCCCACCCAGAUCCAGCCCUCGGCGGGGGCCGGCUCCAGCGAUGGGGGGGUGAACCCCGACUUGAGGCGCCAGUUGGGGCUGAUCCUGCAGACGGCCGGGAGGACCCAGGUGGAGAAGAUGCUGAGGGAGCUGGUGAGGGAGCAGGGACAGGGCGGGAAACGCCGGACUCGCAAGAAAACCCCCAAGGAUGGAGGUGCUGGCGCCGGGAGCGGGACGGAGGAGGACGCGGCACCUCGGGACGGGGAGGAGACGACGCCGGAGGAGGCCGACGAGCAGCAAAGCGGGGGGCAGGCGGGUGACCCCCCCGUCACCGGUAAAGGGGGCAAGAAGGGGGGGGCGGCCGCGUCCCGGGGCGGUUGUGCCGAGUGCGGGAGGAGGAACCGGUCGCAGAGCCCGGCCAGGCCCCGGCGCUGCUCCGAGUGCGGGCGCCGCUGUCGCCAGGCCGGCGGGCGGCAAACGGAGCGGGGCGGCGAGAAGCCCCACCGCUGCGGCGACUGCGGCAAAGGCUUCAGCCGCGGCUCCAACCUGGCCCAGCACCGGCGCAUCCACACCGGGGAACGGCCCCACCGCUGCGGCGACUGCGGCAAGGGCUUCAUCCAACGCUCCGACCUGGAGCGUCACCGCCGCGUCCACACCGGGGAGAGGCCCUACCCCUGCGGCGACUGCGGCAAACGCUUCAGCGUCAGCUCCCACCUCGACCGGCACCGUCGCACCCACGCCGGGGGGCCCGGGCCUCCCGCCCAACCCCGCGCCAGGCCUCGACCGGCGCCGCCACCACCACCACCACCAGAAGCUCCAUCAGCUCCUCACCGGUGCCCGGAUUGCGGGAAGAGCUUCGCCCAACGUUCGGCCUUGGCCAAACACCGUAAGACCCACAGCGGGGAACGGCCCCACCGCUGCGGCGACUGCGGCAAGAGCUUCAGCCGCGGCUCCAACCUCACCCAGCACCGGCGCAUCCACACCGGGGAGAGGCCCUUCGCCUGCGGCGACUGCGGCAAAGGCUUCAUCCAACGCUCCGACCUGGAGCGACACCAACGGGUCCACACCGGGGAGAGGCCCUACACCUGCCCCGAGUGCGGCAAGAGCUUCAGCGUCAGCUCCCACCUCGACCGGCACCAGAAGAUCCACGCGGCCGAACGGGCCUCCUACCGCUGCCCCGAACAUCUCGCCGGCUUUUUGGCCGCCCACCGGCACGGCCGCCUCUUCCAGUGCUCCCAGUGCGGGCGCUGCUUCGGCCAAGGCGCCGCUUUGCUCAAACAUCAACGGGCCCACGGCGGCGGCGGCGGCGGCGGCGGGGGCAACGUGGGGCAGCCCCCCAAGUGCCCGGAUUGCGGGAAGAACCGGGGAGGAACCGGGGGGUUACGGCCUCGUAGUCAACAGUGUCUGGAUUGCGGGAGGGAAGGGGAGGCCGGAGGCGGGGAAACGGCACCGGCGGCAUCGGUGGUGCCGCCGCCGCCGGAGAAACCCUACAAGUGUGGGGAGUGCGGGAAGGGGUUCGGGCAACGCUCGGCGCUGGUGAAACACCGGCGGAUCCACACCGGGGAGAAGCCCUACGCCUGCGGGGACUGCGGGAAGGGCUUCAUCCAGAAGUCGGACCUCACCAAGCACCGGCGGAUGCACACGGGGGAGAAGCCCUACCGCUGCGGGGAGUGCGGCAAGUGCUUCAGCGUCUCCUCCAACCUCAUCACCCACCAACGCACCCACCUGGGGGAGAAACCCUACCAGUGCCCCGAGUGCGGCAAGAGCUUCAUCCAACGCUCCGAGCUCACCAUCCACCAGCGCGUCCACACCGGGGAGAAGCCCUACAAGUGCCCCGAGUGCGGCAAGUGCUUCAGCCGCAGCUCCCACCUCAACCGCCACCAGCGCACCCACACCGGGGACAAGCCCAAAGCCACCUCUGCUGCCACCACCACCGCGACCAACCCCUCUGGUGGCUUCUCCCGUCGCCUCCGAGAGGGUUCAAUAAACAAGAUAAAAAAGUGA